AAAGCCUCCUCAGCAGCUGAAGUUAGCCAGUAUGUGUCUCCUGAAACUGAAAGGGAGCAUCUUUGAGCCGGAGGAUGGCCUGUGAUGAAGGCACAUGGGGUAAUUAUUGGGCAGUUCUUGUGCGGGGUUAAGAGUUGGACUUGAUGCUCCUUGUAGGUCCCUUCCAACUCAGGAUAUUCUGUUAAGAAGGGUUACUUCUGUAUAGCUUGCACUGCUGUCUGCUGCAAACAAUUUUUUAGCAAAAUUUUAUUGGCUUGAUUUGUAGGAAAAUAAAGACAACAUAUUAGUAAAAUAAUUGCCAUACCAGUGCAUCCUGUUGCUCCCAAGAAAGGUUUUCUGAUUAAAGGUCCAGUGCUGUCUCUCAAGGAUGUACAGAAGUGCUUCCCCUUCAUUAGAUUAGUACACACUUAAAGGAAAUGUUAAAAGAGCCAUGAUUACUACAAAUUACUGUGUUCAGAUACCAGCAGUUAAAAAUUCACCUUGCUGCUAUCUGCUGCCCUAGACUUGCUGGUCUGUCACUUGUCAAAAGUGAGUUGCUCUUUUCUCUCCCCUGGCCUGCUGAUUUUCAAGAACUUGCUGUAGCUACUCAGUGUCUUGCUUGUCUUACAGGCCUCCAGAGGAAAAAAAUCUCACUUUUUGAUGUUCAAGCUAGUCUGUACAAGUUUAGUCUGUAUAAGUUAAAAAUAAGAAAGAAUGAAAUAUAAGUAAAGGGUGAAAACCUGUCUCCUCAUGGCAAAUCAAUGCUGUCAGAUCUUUGCACUGUCGGUGCAGUGCAGCAGCAGGGGCACUGGAUCAUCUUUAUAUGGGAGCUCUAUGGCUUUUCACUGCACAUUUAUACAGUUAAGUGAGGCCGAAGGGCUCAGAAUAAUUUUUACCCUUUGUGCAGCAUAAUUUGAGGGAAAUUUUUUUUUCCUGGUUAUGAGUAAUGUACAGAAUGGCAUCUAUGGCAUUAAUGCUUCUCUUCUGCAAUGCAGUAUUAUAUUCAAGAGUUACAGCUCAGGUGAGAUGGAGGCAGUAUCUGCUGCUCUCAUCUCCACCCUCUGCCUUAAUGUCACUCUGUAAUGGGACAUAUCCUGCUGCUUGGGGCAUGUCCUGUCUGGGACCAAAAGAUUGGUGAAAGUCAGGGUGAGAGAAAGUAACAAAUCAUGGAGUUUGCUGGCUCUCUCAUCUAUUGAUCAACUGUGACUUUUAUUCAGGGACCUGCAUCUCUGUUUUCUCUAAUACUGAAUGCAGCCUGUGAGCCUGGGGCAGGCUGUCUGCAUCUCUUCUCUUUAAGAUGCUCCCCAAGUGCCUCUGACUGUAUAAAGCUAAGUGAGCCCGUGUCCUGUGGUGUGACCUAGCCUGUAGCACAUCCCAGGUUUCUGAUCGGGGAUCAUGUGUCUGCACUGUGUUUCUUCUGAACAACUGCAUUGGGAAUGGCUGACAUCCAACAAUUACAGCAUCAAAAUCUAUUCACAGAUUUUGGGGAUGGGGAUGGCACAGGUUUAAUCAGGAGCAGAUACCUCGGCAUAUAUGGCCUACAUGCCAUACAACAUGUACAUGUGUGUGUAUUGGUUAUAGGAUAUCCCAAAACUUCAGAUGCUUUAGCAGCUGGGAUUCUUCCCUAAAUUCUAAUCCUGGAGGGGAGGCAGGAUGCAGUAAAGAAUGAUAUGAGAUAAUAACUGUGGGCAUUGCAAAAAAACAGGUUAUUUUGGAGAACUGUGUAUCUGUACAGGGAGAAGAGGUUUCAAGAGAGAAAGGACAUAGGGAACCAGAUUUAAAAGCUUGCUGUGGGAGUACUAAGCAGGAGAUGAACAUGGACCUGAGCUGUGUGACACAUUCCUAUGUGUCUGUGUUGGGGCCAAGAAGGAGCUGGUACCUAAGAGGCAGAGCAGAGGCUGUUCUUGCAACCUCUCCAAGAUGCAGUAAAGCAUGAAGGCAGGCAGAAUUUUAUGCUCUAACUUUGAUCAGCAGUGGCCCUUUAAAACAGAGCAAAGCGUGCAGUAUGCACACUGCCCAGUCCAAACCCAGCAGCCACGUGAACUCUCCCCUGGUGGGCAGUGCCAGGCUGGCACAGCAAGGCUCCCUCACUCUCCCCAAAGACGGAGUCUGAUUGAACUUGCUGGCUCCCACUCACUCUGCCCCAAUUUUCCUCAGGACAAAUGAGAAGAAUCUCUCUCCAAGUGCAAGAUUUUGGGAAUAUGUGUCAGAGAUGCCUGUCAGUAAAACAUCCAUCUUGCCCUAAUUUCUGCAUGGAGUGCUGCAAUGUCGAGUGAAAUAACCUUCCAAGCUGGCUCUGGUGCAGAGGUAUUUUGGCUUAUGUUAUUGCUGAGAGCUUUCUUUCUGAUGAGUUCUUUCUGCCUCUCUGUGUUUCUGAUGUCUGACUCUCUUCACUUUUCUUUUUCCCUUGGGCUGGGAUGUGUGCUGUUUGCAAUGCAUCAGGAAGUAAUACGCAAUGAGAAAACUCUCAUCAUCUGUGCAUCAGGGAGAGAAUUACUGACUGAGUGCUGAGCAGUCAAGUUAUUGAUUCAAACCAAAGCCCAGUCUCUCUGUCUGCUGGGCUGGUUACAUCCUGCUGGUUCAUUGCAUUUAAUCGGAUUCCCUGAGCUGCCACGCAGAGGGGGCAAGUUAGAGCCAGAUCCAUCUAUGAUGUUCGCCUCAAAAUCCAGCUCUGUGUCCCCUUCUCCGUCCAUGGAACAGGCAGAUUCUGAUGCUCUGGACAUCAGCACCAAAGUGCAGCUGUAUGGUGUGCUCUGGAAGAGACCCUUUGGGAGGCAGUCAGCCAAAUGGUCCAGGAGGUUCUUCAUCAUUAAGGAAAGCUUCCUGCUGUACUAUGCUGAGAGUGAGAAGAAGAGUUUUGAAAGCAAUAAAUACUUCAAUAUCCAUCCCAAGGGCGUCAUACCCCUGGGAGGCUGCAUUGUGGAGCCCAAAGAAGAGGCCAACAUGCCUUAUGCCAUAAAGAUCUCUCAUGAAGACUUCCAUGGUAACAUUGUUCUAGCAGCCGAAUCAGAGUUUGAGCAGGCUCAGUGGCUGGAGAUGCUACAGGAGUCUGGAAAAGUAACCUGGAGGAAUGCCCAGCUGGGAGAAGCCAUGAUCGAGAGCCUGGAAGCUCAAGGACUGCAGCUGGCCAAGGAGAAACAGGAAUAUUUGGAUAAACUAAUGGAAGAAACAGAAGAGCUAUGUCUGCAGAGGGAGCAAAAAGAGGAACUGGAGCGUCUGAACCAGAUCCUGGAAGCAGAGAAGCAGCGUUUUGAAGAGGUGGUGCGCGAGCUGCGGCUGGAGCAGGAGGAGAUCAGACGGGAGCUGGAGCUCACAGCCCGCUCCCUUAAAGGAGUGGAGGAAGAGAAGAAAGAGUUGCGAAGCCUGACAGAGUCCUUACAGAACACCCUAGAGGAGCUCUCCCUGGAAAAACAACAAAUGCUGGAGAUGCUGGAAGAAAAUGAGAGCCAGGUCCCACCUCCAACCAGUCCCAGCAAGGAGCAAAGCCCCAUCUGGGGACUGCACUCCAGCCUGCGACAGAUUGAAGAGAAAAUGCAGCAACUUCUGCAGGAGAAACUCCUGGCAGAGAAAAGGAUGAAGGAGAAUGAGGAGCGGUCUCGAGCACUGGAGGAGGAGCGGGAAUUUUACUCUUCCCAGUCGCAAGCGCUGCAGAACUCGCUCUCGGAGCUGACUGCAGAGAAACAGCAGGCAGAGAGAGACCUCAAGGCUGAAGUGAAGGUACGCAUGGAUCUGGAGAAGAGACUGAGAGAGGCUGAAGAAGCAUUGCAGAGCUUGGAGCAAGGCUUAAAUUCUCUGAAUUGCAACAAGGAGAAAGAGAAGAAGAUGAAAGCAGAUGUCAGUAACUUGAGAAAGUUCUUUGAAGAGUGCAUCCGCAAUGCUGAGCUGGAGGCCAAGAUGCCUGUGAUCAUGAAGAACUCCGUGUACAUCCACAAGGCUGCCACCCGCCGCAUAAAGAGCUGCCGCUUCCGCAGCCGGAGAACCAGCGCUUCCUGGAAUGACAUGAAACAGUCACAGUCGUUCAUCUUCUCACAUGCAGAAGCUGAAAACAUUGAAGAGCUGAAAGAAGCAGCCAAAAGACUGAGCCGGGACCAGCGCUUUAGGAAAACUAUCUAUCAAAUAAUGAGGUCACAAAAGGAUUCUGCUUCAGGGGACAAAAAGUGACUCUUCUUGGGAGGGGGCUUCUGAGCUCAACCUGCUAUUCAGCUCUGCAAAAGUUACAGCCUUGGGCACUAGGCUCAGAAGGAAGAUUGGCAUUUGGUGGGGAAGGUGGGGGAGAGGUGUGUGUAGGCAAUCCCUUCAGUUACUGGCUUUGCUUUAGUUUGAGUGCUCCCUGCAGCCUGGCAGACCUUCUCUGCUGAUCACUCCAGGCCUGUUUGCUUCAGCUGCUUGCAUUAAGCCAUGUUUUGCCAAGAUGCCACAGUCAGUGUUAAAGUGAACCAGAGACUGUUGCUUAGGAAGUGCCUCUCUUUCUUUCCCCGUCUAGUCUGUCUGCCAAACACAAGUGCUUCUGAGGAAACCUUUAGCAGCCUAUGUUCCAGCUUGUGUAAUCUCCUCAGCUGAGCACAGCUCACCCUGUUCUGCCUGAUUCCCCCUAGGAGUUAGCUCACUGCACACCCUCAGUCAAUCAGCACUUCGGUGGGGCACAUUUCCUGAAGACUGCAGCAGUCCCAGCCUCCCAAGCACAGCCAAAAGUAUCAAACACAGGGCCAAACUUUUUGUCUUGAUGCUACGUCAUUUCAAGCAAACAUCAACAACACAAGGUGAAGACAGCCUGGAGGAUGCUGUGGAUUUGGGUCCAAGGAGGAUCAUGUACGGAGAAGAGCUUAUAGGUAACUCAAUGGCAUCAAUGCAAGCUGGAGGGAGAGUUCUGUUGUGUUGAUGGUGGGCAGAACAUUCUAGGGCCACCUUUGCACAUUUUUUGCACUGGGACAUCUAGCUGUCAGAACUAGGGAAGAUGUUAGCUAUUGGCUAUCUGUUCCUCAGUGUGAAGAAGCCUUUGACUCAUUUUUGAUGGCUUCCUCAACACCUCUGUAAAACAAGUUGGAGGGCAGGAGGGUGAGGACUGUCCAGCAACAAAACCCACUGCCACUUCAGGCAAGCUGUAAGGGUUGUGGGAGAGGAGUACAGGAGAGGAGUCACUUUGUUGUGGAACCCCUGAACCCCUUGCAGCCUCCCCCAUCUAUUUUAGCAGUUGGUUAAUAAUUACCCAUGCUGUAGAAGCAGCACUGCCUGGUGCUUACAGAGCACAGGAUAAGCACGCUUGGAGUGAUGCCCUGUUUUCUCCUGCAUAUUAAUAGGGAAAUAAAUAAACUGACAAUAUAAAAGUGAAUAAAGUAAGCAGCAGAAGUACAGUUAGGGGUUAGGGUAAAGUGCAGAUAUUAUGUAUGUCCAGUGACACACAGGUAUUUGCUUGUCAUUGUCCCAGUCAGACUGUGACAGUGUCCACUCACAGCCUUUGGCUUCUGGCCACCUACAUAAUUCCCUACCAAUUUAGUGUUCUUCCUAGGGAUAAGUCAAAGAUGAGGCUGGAAAGCAAGCCUUGGCUUACCAGCCAGCAGAGAGGGGUUAAUGCUGGGUGGAGGAGCAUCCUGUGGCAGUGUGGUGCUCCUGGAUGGAAUCACUCUAGUGUGACCAGAGGAAAAGCUUUGAAAGCACAGCCCAUACUUCCCAUUUUAGUCAGUUACUGGCUAGUAUCCUUCUGCCAGGCGUUGGGAGGUUUCAUCCAAUCAGAGGAUCCAGUUCUGAAGGAGGAUAUUUUUGUGAUGAUAGGUGAUAUGGUAGGAGAAGAUUGUUCCCAUUCUUCCUUAGCAUACUUGAUCCUUCUGUGGUUUAUCUGCUUGUGUUUACAUGCUAGAAAGUCACAAAUGAAUUCUUGCUCCUACAAGGCUGAAGGGCUGUGAUAAAGCAAUACAGAAAUGCUUUUUCCUUUAUGCUGUUCCCAAAUCAUCUCUGGCUAUUUUCCAGUUACAAGGUCUAUAUAUAUUAGGUGAUGCUGGAAGGGACAGAAUAAAGGAUAGCUAGGGAAUGCAUCUGUAAUUCAGGCAGUUAGGAAAAUUGUGGCCUGUGAAUACAGCAUUUUCAUUCUAUUACCAUCAAAGCCACAAUAUGUGACUCUUCAGAAAUAUUGUAUGCAGGAGGUAGCCACAUCAGGUCUUCCUUUACUGUGCAUAUUGACAGCAAUAAGUAAAUAAAAUUUAUGCUGACACUA